AUGACCUCGCAACCAACAGCCCUUCAAGCCACCCGUUCAGCAUCGUCGAACACUGCCCAGCACGACAAUGUCCCAUCACAAAGUCAAGACAACGAUGGAUCGCCAAACACAAAUCUAUCUUCCCAAUUUACCAAAGGAGCAGCCAACGACUCCUCCCAGAACCUCGCACCCUCCGCCGAUGAUGAGAUCAAGACAGACCUCUUAGCUCAAACCAUCCACAAGCUCUCCACUCUGGAGCAACAGAUAAGCCACCAAACUGCGCUUCACGGCUCCAGCGCCCCCGAAACCCAAGAGAUCCUUUACGACCUGUCUCUCAAAUACCAAUCCAAAGGCCAAUGGGAAAAAGCAGAACAAAUACAACGUGGCAUUAUAGAAGCCAGGAAGCAAACACUGGGAGGAACACACAUUGAUACAUUACGCAGUAUACACGAUCUGGCUCCCAUAUUAUCUGGCUUGGGUCAAGAUGAUGUAUGCGAGAACCUGCAGUUGGAGGUUCUCGCCACGAGGGAGCGGGUCCUGGGUGCUUUGCAUGUGGACACAAUUGAGAGUAUAGAGCAAUUGGCGAUUUACUAUCAGAACGAACAACGGUGGGAGAAUGCCACGCCAUUGUACGAAAGAGUGCUUGAGGCAAACGCCGCGGUAUAUGGUUCAGAUGAAGUUGCUACUCUAGAAUCUUCCAAUAACCUCGCGCGCGCGUUUUUACUUCAGGGCCGCGUGCAAGAGGCGUGGCAGGUGCAGGAUAAUGCUUAUAAGAAGAGUCUGGCCAAGUAUGGUCUCGACCAUGACUGUACUCAGGACGGCAUUGCUGGCUUGGCUCAGAUUGCAAAUGCGCAAGGUGACAAGACAAAGGCGAGGAAACUACAACAGGCCCUUUUGAAUUACCAUGUAGCCAAGCACGGUAGAGAUCACCCGUGGACAGUGGAAUGUGCGGAAGACAUGGAUAAGUUGAGUGAACAGGUCUGA